AUGAAAUGUCGUUUUGCUCCGAAUGUAAGAUUCCGUAGAGACACAUGUACCAAGGUAGUCAAUAGAACUAGGUGUAGAUCACUGUUUGAAGGGAGGACACGGAAACCGAGACAGAAAUAUACAGACACACUUCACUGUGGGCGAUGUGUGGCGACGCCAUUUUCUGCACAGCAUGUCGUAAGACUUGAUAAAAAGGACUCUCAAGUCCUGUUCUUACGCGUUUUUUCCACCGUCAAUUUCCGCCUGUCCGUCUUGUUUUCCUUCCCUCGUCCCUUUCCUGUGAAAAAGAUCGUGCGUGUUAAUGGAUGA